AGUAAUCAAAGGUAAAAGUCUUUCAAGACCAAUUUUAUAACCAUUACGAUUAAGGAAAACGAGAAUAAAAGCAAAUUAGAUUUGUAAAUCAGACAAUUAACAAACACAAAAAAAAACUCUCUACAGAAGAAGAAACCACUGAAAUCAACAUUUAUAAAUACAUUUUGGUCAGCAUGCAAAAACCAAAUUUUGUUUAGAUCUCAUCACCAUCACAAAGCGACGCCAUUAAAUCUUUUGGAGAUCCCCAAACAGGAAGAUUAAAGAACAUCUCUUUCUCUUCUUCUUCCUCUUUUCUACACGCUUCUUCUGCAAUUUCACAUACGCUUGAUACAUUUUGGAUGAUCCCUUCUCUUGCUUCUUCCUUUGAGAGAAGUUCGUCGAUGAAAGACGGUAGCGAGAAAGCAUCUUUCUCGAUCUGCUCUCGAGUUUCAAUCGAAGAAGAAGAUUCCGGAAGCGACGAUUGAAACUGAUUUGAUUUUUCUUGCAAUGCGCACAAGUUGUUCGACAAAAUCUCCCAGUGAUCGAUUUCUCUCUGGUACUUUCUCUUGAGCUUCUCAAGUAUCUUCCUCUUACGCUUCCUUCGAUUUCUCUCUUCCUCCGCCGGAUUCACCUCCGGAACCGCCGAAUUAGAAGCUUCACCGGCGGUAGUUUCCUCGCCGCCGCAUUUCAUUCGCUUGUAAACAAAUCCAUCGUCGUUGCAAAGCUCCCACUCUACAUAACUCGCCGGCGCCGCCGCCGAUGCUUGUUGGUCCAUGCCCGCCUAAGAAAUCUCAGGAGCCCGGAAAAUUUUUCACCGGCGAAAUUCAAUUCAGGCAACCACCGAAUUUUCCGUUCGACAAUCUUCACCGUUGAUAUUAGGGUUCAGAUUUUCGUCGGUGGUAAUGGUUUCUCCGUCGAGAGAUAACCCUAGGGAGUGUAGAUACCCGCUCUCUUUUUUUCCACUUUUCCCCCUCUUUUUUUCUAAAUUAAAUGAAUUCUGAAAUAAAAAAGAAUAUCGUGGCGUCACGAAGGGGAUAAUGAUCCGAUUAGUUUUUUAACGUCUAACUUUUUUGAUUAGUGUUUAUACAAAUUUAAAAUUAAACGUUUUAAUAAGGUUUUAAAAUUUUAAUCACUUUCCGUCUUUUUUUGGCUUUAUCCAAUUAAUGACGAAGCCAUGGAUGGUUUACUCGUUCUUUCCAAACGACAUCGUAUUGUUCUUGAAUCUUGACCUACGAAUCACAAUUUUACACUUUAAAACAAAAUAAUUCUGGGAAAAUCUUAGAACAGAUUUUGGAUUUAUCCAGCAGAGAUUGAGAUUUAGAUUCGAAUAAUCUAGUUAAAGUUUUUUUUUUUUAUUUGGUACGUUUAUGUUUUGUUUUCAUUUUUUGGCUGCUCGUUUUUGGUAACCAAUGUCGUCGUCGGAUAUUGCCGGAAUUCUGGAUUACACGAAAGAGCUUGAUCGGCUAAGAAAAGAACAAGAUGAAGUUUUGGUAGAGAUCAAUACGAUGCACAAGAAGCUUCAAGCUACUCCUGAGGUAGUUCAUAAGCAUGGUGAUACUUCACUGUCGAAGCUUAAAGUUUUGUACACUCAAGCAAAAAGAGCUUUCCCAAAACGAAGUAACCGUGUCGAACAAUUUGCUUACUCAGUUGGAUUCUUUGCUUCCAUUUGUACCAACGGGACAACAACGAAGCAAAUUUGGUACACAAUGUAUGUAAUGAGACUUUCUCCUUUCAUGAGAAACCGAAUCGAGGCAUAUGCAAGUCUAAAGGGUGAACAGGUCGCUGCGAGAGUUACAGAAGAGAAUGCUGAUAAAGAUGAGUGGUUUGUGGUUAAAGUAAUUCACAUCGAUAGAGAAACAAAAGAAGUUGAAGUACUUGAUGAAGAACCAGGAGAUGAUGAAGAAGGAAGCGGUCAGAGGACCUAUAUGUUACCGAUGUCAUGCAUUUUACCGUUCCCUAAACGAAACGAUCUUCUCAACACGCAAGAGUUUCCAACGGGGAGACACGUGUUAGCUGUGUAUCCAGGGACAACAGCACUCUACAAAGCCACUGUGAUAAGUACCCCACGAAAGAUGAAGUCUGACGAGUACUUGCUUGAAUUCGAUGAUGAUGAGGAAGAUGGAGCAUUGCCUCAAAGAACAGUACCUUUCCACAGAGUUGUAGCUUUACCAGAAGAUCGUCGCCGGUGAAAGGAAACAAACAACGGGUUUAUCAGUCUCUUGCCAGAAUUAUUUUUCAUGGAUUCUCAUUGGGUAGAUUAAGAUAAGUUUGAUGUUUAAAGUUUUUACCUUUUGUGUCAAAAGAAAACCGACGUAUUUUCAAUUAGACCGGACCAAAUCAGGUAAUAUAUGUCCAAAACUGGAUUCGAACCG